AUGAUGAAGCAAGUUGCAGCACUUGUGCUCGUGUUUUCGGCCGUUGCCCAGGGCCUGCAGGUUCUUCAGUGCUCCGACAACCGCCCCGGACCGCAGGAGGUUAUCAUCCCGGGCUGCAGCAACCUUCCGUGCCAGGUGCCUAAUCGGUCGGACUUCAACUUCAGCGUUCGCUUCGCGCCUACCUUCCCGACCAGUUCGCUGACGGUAGAUGUGCGCGCCUCGCUGCUCGGGCUGUUCCUGCCGUACGAGGUUCCGGAAAACUUGCGCAAUGGGUGCAACAACAUUGACACGUCGUGUCCGUUGACGGCUGGCCAGAGUGUUACUCUUACCGGCAACGCACCCGUUGAAGCGCCUCUGACGGGCGUUACCGUCACGAUGGAAUUCGAAAUUGUUGGCGACGGCGGUCAGGUGGCAGUCUGCUUUGCCGCCACGGUUACUAUUCUGUAA